AUGAAGUCCUCUGAGGAGAGGAUACAGUUCAAGAGAGAUUUUUUAAGCUUGGGACAAGGACGAAUAAUCUCUGAAAACGAUGCCAAAUUUUGGUGCCGAUUCUGGAAACUACCCACCAAUAGUCAAGAUAUCUUUGAGUUGAUUUCAUUGGAGGAUGCUAAGAAUGUACGACAACAAAAUGUGGUGAACUAUGCUAUUUUUAUUAAAGUAUUGAGCUUGAAAAUUGUAGACAUUGCCAGCUCGGAGUUUUUAACAAAUAUCGAUAUAUCACUGCUUUUGAACUGCAUUCGGUUUUUGGUAAAGGUGCUACCACCAUUACUUGAGAUAGAAGACUACGCUGAUGGUAUCGGGUAUGAACUUUUCUGGAACUCAAAUUUUAAUCCAGCCGAGUAUAUCAAAUCAAAGGAGGAAGAGCUACUGGAUUUCGAGGAAGACGUCAAGAGAUCCAUACCACUUGAAGACCUAAAGCACACGUUAGGAUUUAAAUUGAUGAUGGCAUUGGUUGACUUGUUGUAUACCAAGGGUUUCACCUUAAGUACUAAGGAAAAAGGUGGUGUGAGUCUAAGUGUAUGGGAACCUGGAUUAGGCUUUGCUGGUAAGGCUAGAGCACCUAAUUUGAUAAUAGAUAGUAACAGAACGGAAGUGUUGAAGCUUGUGAUAACAUUAUGCUCGGACGGGUACUAUACCUCCCCAUCAACAAUCGUGUCCAAGGGAUCCAGAUUUCUAACAGUGUUGGUGUCAAUGACGCCCAAAGUCAAGCUAUUAACGUUGGUUUCGUCACUACUAAACCUUACUUGUAGGUCAUCAAAAAACAACACCGAAAAUGCAUUAUAUUACGAUGACGUCAACUAUACCGAAAUUCGACAUUUAUGUGUUACUUAUGCUUUUUCAUUGCUAACAAUGAUGGUAGUGUAUCCAGUUCCAAGCGAGACAGGAAUAAAUGGAGGCAAGAUACGCAAUUUAGCGAGAUUGUAUCUAGGCAAAGUUCAUAAAGAACCGGAAUUAAUGCUAAUUGCCGUUUCCAUGAUGGAUAUGUUACGUUCUCCAUUGCUAGGUAACGAAUCCGAAACUAGCUCCUUUUCAGUUGGUAAGAAUAGUCAACCAUCCAUAUGGUCCACUAAUACUGUUAUGCUCAUUUGGGAGUUGAUUCAAUGCAACAAUAACUUCAGAGACGUUAUGACUAACGAAUAUAUGCCCCAACUAAUGGUUGUCUUACUAUACUAUGUCUUCGAAUUCAAGACGAAUAAUAGUCAGAAAAAUUUGGUACGUGUUUGUGCAUACCUACUACUAUAUUUGUCAUCACAGGUGGAAAUGCUUGAAUUAUUAUUUCUCCCAAUGUCACCACAAUUAUAUGAGUCAUUACCAUUGGGAUACAAAACAACAAUAACGCCGUUAACUACAAGGGAUUUUUUGGUGAGCCAGCUUUGUACGAUAUUGUUGAACUCAUACCCAAUACAGCCACUAACCUAUAACUUUAAACCUUUACCAAAGCUUUUGCUAAACACUUUGGUUGAAACAUUGUACAACUUGAUUAUUCCUGUUUCUGAAAAUGAGCUUCAGGCGCAUAAUAAUCCAAACAAGAAACUCAAUAAUCCAAAUUCUCAUGGAGGCUUAUCAUAUCAGGCAUCGUCUUUGAUAACGCAGCUAAUAGCCAGAUUUUCGAGUAAAAACUUUCUUCUUGCAAAAAGUCAUAAUUUGAAUGCAGUUGCCCUAUUAGUGAGAGCUGUAUGUAUAGCUGUUGUUAAAUACCCCCACCCAUCACGUAUGCUACUAUUCAGUAUCUUGAAAAACGAAAGGAUAUAUGACAAUUUAUGGAAUACGAUAUUCAACAUCCAAGAGUACUCAGUUAGGGGCGAUGCCAUUUCAAAAAUAGACGAAAUUGCUGCGAAUGAAACGAUUGAGAUUACAACGAAAGAGAAUCAGAGAGACCCAAAUGAAAAAAUGGGGGCAAUACCUAUUUUGCCGCGCAAUAGAAACGACAACUCUUCAACAAUUUCCGAAAGCGAAAGCGUCGAAUCAUCUUUGCGACCGCGACCACCUGCUGGUAUGUCAGACAAGGCAAGAGACAAACAGAAGAAAGACAGUCCUAUUGGUCAAAUUUGGUCAGGUAAAGAUGCGUUGGCAAUAAUUCUUACUGUCAUAAUCCCACACUUGAAAAUCAUUUUGAGUACACUAUGGACUGGCACAAGAGGAGCCAGUGUUGACACUUUUGAACUUGUCCAAAAAAUUGAAAACUCUGACUUUUCCAAAAUGAUUGAAGAAAAUCGGCAUCAACUCAAGUACGAGCUAUUUCCAGAGUCGCCGUUGGAGUUUCUAAAGUUUGAUUGGAGUUUGCUUUCACUCGGUUGGUAUCUCUCUUUGCUUUACAGCGAGAUAUACAAUGCAUCAUCAGUGGUCAAAACGUAUGUUGGUAAUAAUAAUGGAUUAAUGAAAAACUUCUCCGCUUCUUUGGCUACUGUGAGUAAAAUCACAUCCAGUUGGACAACUUUUCUCAAGCAAGAACAGCCAGGAAACCAAGCAGAUGAGUCUACUCGUCAAUGUAUCGAAAAUGCGUUGACCGAGGUUAACACAUGGCAGGGCACAGACAUCAAACUUUUUGAUGUGUCAUCCUCUGCAAAAGACGGCUUUUUUUCCAAUUUCAAUAGAUUCAAUGGAUCAACUAGUCAAGCAGUUCCAAAUACCCCAGGAAGCUUGAAUGAUAUGAUGAGAAGGUUUAGUGACUUUAACGUCAAUGGAGUCUCCAACUCUCCUACGUCGUCAGUGUUAAGUACUCCCGUUGAAGAACAAGAAUCGUAUUUCUCAAGAAGACCUGCAAGAAACUCAGUGACAAGCUUGCACUCGUUGAAUAAGUUGAAUAGAAUACGGAGCAAUACUCCACGUAACUCAUUUAGUUAA